UUCAUUUCCCAUGAUGCAUCUAUUUAACGCUCUUUACUCUAGCGCCGCGGGAACAACGCGCGUCGCCGCGCUGUUAUCAUCGCGCGCAAUGGCUGCAGCUCUAUCUCGCGCUCUGAAAUUACCAGGAAAGAAGGCAUCAGAUCUGGGCGAGUAUGACCCUCUGACGCAGGUGGACAGUGAGGAUGAAACUGAAGACGAUGAUCUGGUUCUGAAUUAUCCUCGGAACGGUCUGAGUCCGGUCUUACCGGAGCUGAGGGGACGGCUGGUGAAUGAGGAGGAGUUUCACGAGGAGGAGUGGAUAGCUCAUCAUGUGCAGAGAGAGGAGGAGGGGCAUGAGGCGGAUGGGGCGGGGCCAGGAGAGAGUCAGGGCGGAGACUCUGAAGAGAAGGCGUUGCGAGUACGAGGAUCUCUGCGGACCGCCGCCUUCCUGCUGCCGUUGACGUGUGCGGCGCUCGUGAUUCUGCUGUGCGCGUUUCUCGUACCCUGCCCGCAGGGGGCGUCGCACAACAGACCGUGGGAGCGUCUGCUCGGAGAUGUCGGGGGUGUGACAUCGCCUCCUGUUGCAUUGUGGGAUGUGGAUGGAGACGGACUGGACGAUGUGCUGAUUGGCGUCAGAAACAUUUCUAAUGACAGUCAGCCAAUGAACACCCAGAAUAAAAAGUACAGCGUGGUUGCGGUGAGUGGAGUCGAUGGGCAGCUGCUGUGGAGGAAGACGCUCAGAGAAACACUGACCUCAGUUCAGUGUGGACUACACACAGGAACUACAUCAUCAGCUUGUGUCGUCAUCAGCUCUGGACACAUCAUCAGUGUCAACUCCUCCACAGGUAGAAUGUUGUGGACUGCACCUGUGGGGGAUGUUGUGUCUCCUGCUGUUCUUCUUCCUGAUCUACAGGGAGACACAAUCCCAGAUUUACUCAUCGCAACACUGCCAGCAGACCAGGUGUCUGAUUUGGCUCUGGUGUUGAUCUCUGGGAGGUCAGGAGCUCUGAUUGGCCGGCCGGUGAACUUUAACCUCACAACACAGGGAAAGCUGAUUGGUCCACUGCUGCAUGAGACUGUGACUGGAGCUUAUUACAUUCUGUUUGGACUGGGCACUGUGGAGGCCGUGUCACUGCACUACAUUUACAGUCAGGCAACAGGCAGGACACCAAUCUCCAAAAUCACACUGAAGGACCCCCGCUGGGAGCAUCUGAGGAACAGCAGCACAACAUCACAAAUUCAUAUUAGCAGUGGCUCUGAGCAGGUGGAGUUGUUGGUUCCUCUGGUGGCCGGUCUGUGUCACACAAACAAUAAUGUGGACGGCGCGUGGCUGCAGAACUCCAGUCGCAGUGAUUGGAUUCUGGUGUGUGAGUUGAACAGCAGACUGUCUGUGGUGAGAGAGAGCGACGGCCGCCCCGAAUGGACCCUCCAUCUCACCUCCAUCCACAGUCGUCCGGCGUCGGGUCACUUUAAUGAUGAUGGUGUUCCUGAUCUACUCAUUCAUCAGUCAGCCAAUGGCGUCAGGAAGGUGCAAAUCAUUGACGGUGCUCGUGGGCGGAGCUUGUGGGAGGCGGAGUUUGUGUGUCCUCGACUGGCAGUAGAAGAUGUGACCGUUCUGACCGCAUCGGGCCAAUCGGUGUUCCUCUUUUGGGCGGGAGAUCCGCUCUCUCAUUCGCAGAACGUUACCAAGACAGCUGCAGCUGAGCCGGUUUUACGCAGACUCUUCCUGCUUCAUCCCAUGUAUCCCAUGAUCCUCCUGGAGCUGAGCAGCACCACAGACACUGUACUCACGGCCACAGUGAGUUACGAUCAGCAGCAGAAGGAUGCGGUGUACAUCAGCGUGUCGUCUCGGCCCAGGUCUGGUUUGGGUGCUGGAGCUCAGAUGCUCAAGAGUCUCAGUAUGAAGAGAGCUGUAGCGGGCGCUGGGAUGAUGGAGCUGGAGGACGUGAGGAGAGACGGCGGCUCCGAUCGACCUGCGACAGAGUUUCACAUUAACACAUUCUUCAGACGUCUGUCCUUUAAACAGCAGUGAGGUUUUAUCUGCACACAUCUGCAGUGAGUCUCACGUCGCCAUCUUCCUCUUCUUCUUCAUCGGCUCUGGAUUUUCUAUGAGUUGUUGAAUGUUUUAUCUCAGUUAUUUAUUUAUUCUGAUCGUUCAGGAGAGUUUAACUUCACUUAUGAAUGUGAUGAUGAUGAUGAUGAUGAAGGAUAACGUGUAAAUAAUCAUAAAUCAUUAUUCUUACACGACUGCUGCUUUUAAAAUUCUUCGUGUUUUCUUUCGCUUUGUCCACUGAAAUGUUUUUAGUUUAGAGUUAUUUGGUUUGUUUUAGAAAUAAAUUUCGAUUUGUGUACAGUAUUUAUAAAAGACAAACGGACAUGUUGUGUGUUUUGCGUCAGUGAGUGAAACAUGAUGUAAAUAUUGAUGAAUGCUGAAACAAACAAUAAACAUAUUUCAUUCUGCUGAAUA